AUGUGGAAAUUUUGUUUGGAUCACCUUUCACCACUUCCCCUCCUUUUACUGCUUUUCUCUCAUUCCCUUCUCGUGUUUUCUCAGCAAAUAUCAUUUUCCUCCUCUCUUAAUUUAAACGACAAUAAAUAUUUUACGCUAAAACAGGUUCUCCAUCACGGUGGAAUAUCUAAUCUCGGAAAACAGUUAUUUCGCAAAUUAGAAAUCAACCAAAAUGAAGAUUCAGUCUUCAAGGAGUUUGGCUACGCCGGAACCGAUCCGUCCGGUGAAUACGUUGUUAAUUUUCGUGAAGAAGCUCCGGUUGGCGAGUUCGACUUAAACAACUUUGGAAAAAAAAUCCCCAUACCUAACCACAAAGAUGUAGCUUCGGUACUCAGUCUUGCCAGAAUGUCUUAUAAUGCCUAUAUCAGUAUAAACUCUAGCGGAUGGCUAGACCUGGGAGAUUUAGAUUACGAGAAAUUGCCGUUUGGCUGGGAAGAACGCGGAUUGAGAGGUUAUGUAUUUGCUGAUCAAGAUAAUUCCACCGUGAUCAUAUCAUUCAAGGGGACUAGUGUGAAAUACAUUUACGAUGAUGAUGAGACCGCUCCAAAUGAUCAAUACAACGCAAGUUUCUUUCCUUCACUAUUGCGCCACGUUUAA